AUGGUUACUGCCGGGACGACUGAAGCUCUCGGUCAGCAGGAUCGACUGCAGCUCCUCGCAGAGAAGAGGAAGUGGCAGACAGAGAUCGAGAACAAGAAGCGUCAGCUGGAGGACGACCGGCGAGCGCUGCAACACCUGAAGUCGAAGGCUCUGAGGGAGCGCUGGCUGCUGGAGGGAGCACCGUCCGCCGGACCCGAACAGGACGACGUGAGGAGACAACUGGAGCAGGAUGAGGCCAAGACCAGGAGCCUGGAGGACACCAUCAACAGGUUGGAGCAGGAGCUGGUCGGUCUGGAGUCUGGAGCCGUUUGUCAAACCAUCAAACCGACCGCAGUGACAUCGGGAUCAGUUAAAGCCGUAGAGGUCAAAGGUCACGGCAGCCGUCAGCAGGACAGACCUGCAGCGGCCUGUCAGGUAGUUCAAGCCUUUGCAGAAGUCAAGGUUCAGAAAAGUCCUCGAAUGAACAAACCGAGAGAAGCGACGGAGGAGAUGAAGAGAGCGAUGUACUCGGUGGAGAUUAAAGUAGAGCGCGACAGGCUGACGGGGGAAACCAGAGUGUUGUCCACUCACACCAAACUUCCUGUCGACCUCCAUCAGGGGGUCAAAGUUUACGAGGACGAGCGCAAAGUGGUCCACGAGAUGAACGGUGAAGACGCCGUCCUGCUCAGCUCCUCCGAGGUCGACGAGCUCAUCCACAAAGCCGACGAGGCCUCCAUGAUGUCGCAGACCAUCGCCACGGUAACCUCGCUCCCCACCGCCGAGGAGCAGGAGGAGGCGGGGCCGGAGCCGCCGGGGCCGCCGGAGCCGCCGCAGGGGUCGGUAGAGAUCACCGGGCUGGAGGCGGAGCCAGAGGGCGAGCCGGGCGUGGCCGAGGCCAGCGAGGAGAAACCCGUCACCAUGGUGUUUAUGGGAUACCAGAGCGUGGAGGACGAGGACCAGACCAAGAGAGUCCUGGGUCUGCAGGGCACGGUGAAGGCCGAGCUGGUCCUCAUCGACGACGCCGACGGCAAAACAUCACCGGGGGAGGCGAAGCAGGAAGAGGCAGAGACCGAUGCCCCGCCCCCAUCAGCCACAACCCCGCCCCAAUCAGCUUCAACCCCGCCCCCAGCCUCUACAGCCCCGCCUCCAGCCUCCACAGCCCCGCCCCCUGUCUCCAAACCCCCGGCGGCAGCGGCGGCGGUGAUGGUGACGCCGGCGGCGGCGAGCAACGGGGAGACGAGGGAGACGGAGGGAACGGUGCAGAUAAAGAAGGAUAAGCAGCCGUGUAAGUGCUGCAGCAUCAUGUGA